GGACUACACUGCGCAAGCGCAGGGCAACGGUCGCGCGGAUGAUUUGAGUUUUGUUUGAACGGCUCAGGACGGAAUGGAGCUUAGUGUUUUUAAAGUUUUAGCAAUGUAGAAAUGGCAGCAAAGCAAAACCUGUCGGAGCCGUCGGAUUCAGACUCGUCGUCUUUAACUGACCAGUCAGUGUCCGGCCGGAGUGGCAACAGAAGUCUGAGAGUCGCAGAAAAAGAGAGAAGGAAAAACGAGGCGGAGGACCCGUUUGUUCUGGCCCUGAAGUAUUUCUCUGACGUUGGAGCAGGUACUCCUGUGUAUGGCAACGAUGAGUUUGAGACGAACCUGGUGCUGGUGGAGAGGGUGGCCUACAGUAAAGGACUUUCCCCAGAGGCCAUCUCGGUUAUGCUGGAGUUUGCCAUGAGCCUUCGUAUGGGGACUGGCCCAUGUGUCCGAGUGCUGAAGUGUCUGAUUCCUGCCACCAUAGUGCCGCAGGAGCCUAUUGUUCGAGCGGUGGUCUGGCUGGGUGUUGGCAAAAUACCCAUCAGCACUCAAGUUCUUUUCAUAAAGUGGGUGUUGACUGUAUUUGACAUGAUCGAUGCAAAGGACCAACUUCGGGCCAUCUAUGGCUUCAUCUUCAGCUUUGUCACGGAGGAAAAUCUGUGCCCUUUCAUCUGCCAUCUGUUGUAUCUUUUGACCAGAAAGGAAAGUGUGCGAGUUUUCAGAGUGAGGAAGCUGCUGGAGCUACAGUCUAAACUGGGAAGGCAGCCAUUCCUCCUGCACCUACUGUCACUUUACAAAGUGUUUUGCCCUGAACUCGUGACUCUCUCCAUUCCGUCACGAAUGAAGAGUGGGUUUAGGAACUACAACACACCGUGGAAAUCAGCGUUGAUUGCUGUCCAGAAGAGGAACGGUUCCCAGCUUGCCUCCAGCACCAGUCUGCCCUUCACAAUAAAAGAUAAGACCAGCUCCAGGAAAAGGAAACACUGCCACCUGGAAUUGCCAGUUUUGAGUUCUUUAGUCAAUAAGCAGCCUCAGACUGAGCUGUCCUCCAGCAGAAAGGUGGUCCCCCUGGUGCAGCUCAACUCCUUUGCUCAGCUGCUGGAAAAUAUUCACCGUAUAGAGCUGCCUGCUCAGAUGGGCUCACUGCUGGGCUCCAGUCUGGCACUGCAGUACCUGGACUGUGUACAGGAUGAGUCUGCCCUCCUACGCCUCAACUUCUGGCUAGGCUACGCUCUCCACGAAGAAUUUUUGUUCUACGGCGAUGGAGGAGCCUACCAGAAUUCAGAAGAAGCUUUGCAGUUUUUGGACAAGUUGCUGUUCACACAGCACUUUCUCCAGGAAGCAUUUUCCAGUUCAGAGGCCUUCCUCUACAAAUUUCUCAGUGUUUGGGACGGCUCCCUCCUCCGCCCACAAAUCCUUGGCCUGUUGAGCAACAUUCCUGUUGUCCCCAGCUCCCAAAUUGGACGGCUUCUGUUUGAGCCCCUCAUGCAGCUCUUCUUCACGUCCUCGCUGUUUUUCAAGUGUGGACUGAUGGAGUGUCUGAACAAUAUGCUGUUGAAGUGGCUGACCUGGCACUCGGUGUAUGCUCUGGAGGACGACUUGGACAUCAGCCUCAACAGCCACACCUCCAUAAACAUGACUCUGUCAGGGUUCAAGGAUUCGGUGAUGGAGCUGGUUCACUUUGUGGGUCGGCUGGCCUCUGUGGGUCUUCAGCUCGAAGGCUGUCACACUCUCCUCCUCAGCUUUGUCCUGGACUUCUAUGAGACGGUGUGUGACACAUUUCUGAAAUAUGGGCUCCCCCUCGUGGUGAUGCCCCCACCUGGAGUUUUUUACCCGGCCCUGUUUUCCCUGGACCCUGUCAGCGUGGACCGACUGGCCUACAUCAUGUACAGGUACAAGGUGAACUUGACAUCAGCCAAGAGUCAAGAAAAAGUCACAGAGCAGGCCUUUCACAUCAGCCGCCAGACGUUUCGCGAGUUCAACCACUAUCUGGUCGUCAUGGUCAACUGCCUGUGGAACUCUAACAUGUUUCGUCCAGGCAUGGGCGUGCAGCUGGGAGAGGAGGUGCUCCUCAAGAGCAAUGUGCCACAGUACUGGACGAGUUUUGACCUAGUCCACCACCCUGCUUUCAUGAGCUACGCCGUCGACUUUCACCAGAGGUGUUGGCCAGGAAGAAAGGACAUGGACCUUAAUUCCAUUAAGCACUCCAAGCCUUGGAGCUGGUACCUGGAGUACCUGUACAGUCAGGGAUAUGAUGGCCUUAAACAGUGUGUUCCAGCCCCGUAGCCAGAGGAGACUUCAUGGACACGCAUCUGACCUCCCCAGACGGGCCCUCUCUCCUUUUUGCGUUCACUGCUCAUGAAGAACAAUGGGGAAUUUAAUUAAAUAUUGUCAAUAUUUCCAUUUAAUUUCAACAGCACUAUUAGAUGGGAUUCAAGGAUAUAUUGAUGAUUUUUUCACCUAAAUGUUGUGAGAGGCUGCAGCACCUGUUGCAACGUGAUCCCUAUGCAAGACCCAACAUUUAUUCAAUGUUGUUUUGUUGCUAGACUAAUUUAUUCAUGGAGCGCAUUUGCAACUUGGCUAAAACAACAGCCUUACAUCCCUUAGUUACUUUUCUGUACAAAUGACAUUUGUGAAGCAUCAACAACCUAGUAAAUCACAUCUGGACAGCAGCAUAUGACAUUACAUCGACAGAACAGUAUGACAGUAUGAAAACAGCCUGGUUAGGAUGAAACUGAGUCGUAACUCUUGACAAAACCACACUUUAAGUGCUGCUGCUGCUUGAAAGCUGAAUUUGAAAUUUAUUUUCAUGGUAAAGAGGCUAUCUGAAUCCAGUCCAAACGCUCCUGCCAAAACAGAUCAAUAACCCAAACAUAGGACAUUACAGAAUGUUAUAGGAGACCAACUGGAGCGCUCGUUCCGCUCCCAUUAAUAAAAACAAAGGAUAUUGUGGGUGACAAGGACAGGGACAGUGAGAUGUAACAAGACAGGCAGUUUGCUGCAGCAGCCUUGACACUCCUAGUUCUUGCAGCUAUGAACGAGAGCGACAUUUCUGAGCGGAGACUCUGCAGCUCCGCCUAAGAUGCAGGCGCAUCAGUCAACAGCGAAAACUUCCCUCAGGUCUCACAAAGACUUCACACCCUGCAGUGGACGCACUAAUGGUUAAUCAGUCUCAUUUUUCUUUUUAUUCGACAACUAAUUUUUUUUGAGGUCAAGGGGUAUGUAAGAGUGCGGACUGUUAACCCCAGUAAGCCCACCUUGGCGAUGGGCCCAGUUUGUUUGGAGCACCAUCAGCCGGCAGCUGACAACAGACAACAGGCGGGGACAGAGUCUGUCCACACAGCAGAGGUAGAUGCUCAACUCAGUGGAGAGGAAAAACAACCACUUGCAUCUUACUCAUUUUUAAAAGACUUGUACAUAUUUCAUCUCCUCCUCUCUUGCAAGUGAGCUAUUUCUAAGUGAUCUGAGUAAGUUUUUAUGUACAUAGAUUUAUCUGUUUAUUGUGUUUUCUUUCUUACAGCCUUAUCCAUUCAGCGAUACUGCACUGGCCAACAUUUACCAGAAGCAGUGAUGUUGGUUCAAGUUCAGUGAACGUGUUUAACAGGGAACGUUGCAAAAAAGACAUUUUUAAAGAACUGAAAGGGCAUCACUUUAACACUCAUCUGUGAGGUUAGUGAGAAAUAUCGACUAUAUUUUUCUAUCGCAGAAGCAAAAUACUUCUUGAAAAAUGUCAACAAGAUGCUUAAGAAUAAGAGGAACAAAAGUGGAAAUGUUUCCGUGUAAUUUUUUUGCAGGAGAAUCACAGCUGUUCUUUGUUUAAACUGAACACACUGACCUUGAACCAACUACUACAUUCAGAAUGCAUUUUUUUAGCUUACUGUUUAUGUUUUUGUGUUAUACUUUUGUACAGCUUACCAAAACCUGACUCUUGUACAUCGCUGAAAAUAAAUAAGUGUAAGACUUUUACUUUAGAGGCAAAUAAAAUGAAUCAGUUGUAUUUUA